CUCGUCUCGCCCAGUUUCCGCCGGGUCCGCAAGCUAGCCGCUACUCUGUGUGACGAGUCUAAAUAAUGGAUUAAUUUUAUUCGUUCAAUACGUUAUCUAUUUAAACCGUUAUUUAAAAUCUAAUCAUGCGUUCCCCAUUCGUGUUUUACGCCGAUUGCGCAGUCUGCGUGAAUAUUCGACUCAUCGAGCUUCAGCAGGCGCAACAAGCAAGGGAAGCUCGAGAGAAUGGCGUUGUAAACGACAACGAAAAUGAAGAUGAUAGUGACUACGAAUAUGACUAUAAUGACUAUAUCAACUAUGAUGAUAUCUACGCAUCACCGACGCAUUCAAGCUUUGAGGUACUCGAUCCCCAUGACCCCACUUUGAGUCGAUUGGCUACCCUUCUGUUUAAACGGACAAAUGAAUACUUGCAAGGGGAAAUUGCUUCUGGGGGUGAUCAUUAUAUGUUGCUGGAAGAAAUUAAUCGUUUGGCCAUCACCAAGUACACAGACUUGCGCAAUCUCGCUGUGAAUUUGAACCGUACGCUGACGGAAUAUAAUGAUCUGUAUGGCAACACCAUCAAACCACUUCUUUCGCAAAUUGACGAUAUUGACGUCAUGGUAACCAGACUUGAAGAAAAUGCCUAUCGUUUGGAUAGUUACACGAAGCAACUGAAGACCCGCAUCAAAGAAAUGUAUGACGCCAAAGGAUAAGUACCCACAAAUUCCAUUACAAUAAAUCGAAUUCUAAACCCAGUUCCAAUAAAUCUUUAAAUUGUAGUUACAAAUAUUUUUCCAAUAUGUGCUUGUAGAUUUUGACUUCGGGUGCCAGUUUUAGACUGCCUGACUGCCUGUUCGUUUAAGACUACUAAAAAAAUUCAUAAGCUCCAUUGUUGACUACAUUCCUAUAUUAGUAACUCUUGAUGAUAUUGCAAUUACCUUUAAUAAUACUGUAGAUAUGCACUAUUAUAUGUACUAAAUUAAUUAUUAAUCAUACAUUCGUUGUUUAGAUUUAACUUAAAUGAAUGAUUAUUGGACUGUGGUAUAGAAUUCGGAUUUUAGACGUAUUUAAAAGAUAUGUGUCUGUCUAUUCGAUGUGCAACAGAAGGCAAGGCUCUAAGAUUGAGAUGUUCAAAUUAUUGAGAACGAUAAGAAUCGGGAUGUUAAUUUGGAAUGUCCGGUUGGUCGGUAAUCGAUGCUAAAGUACUUACAAUGUUCUGAUUGUUUCAUAGAUAUUUCAAUAUUUAAAAAAAGGUAUAAAUAAGAAACAUUUGAAAGUGAAUCAUUUUGAAGAGCGCCGUCUUUAAGCCGUCGCACAUUCUGCGCUCGGUAUCUUCCUUACUGAUGACCUAGUUUGUUGUUAAGGUGUGAUUACAAUUCACAACCUUUGCGAAACAAUUUCACAUAUUCACUGUUUUCGAGUAUAUUUAUUAGUUACUAUUUAUUUGUUCGAACUUUUCUCAGUGUCCACAAAAAUAGAAUUGCAUUCUUGGGGCCUUAUGUCUCAUGUUGCUCGUCAUAAUUAAUGGUAAUUAUAUAUUCUUUGUAUAGCCUACAAUUUUGAACCUAAUAUAAUUGUAUACUGCAUUAUAGAACAUUUUGAAGUAUAAGAUUUUUCUUUUAUGUGUAUUAUAUGCUUGAUUACUGACACUCCUAAUAUUUAAAAGAUUUUACAUAUUAUAUCUAUUGUAGGUAAGGCUACAGCAUUCGAUUUUGUCUAGAUAUUAGAUUAAGGUCACUUUACGGCAACGAUAAUUCUACGUAAAAUAUAAUUAAUUCGGUGGAUAUUUUUCAGUUGCACUUAACGUCUAUUAAACGAAAAUUAUUCUUAGAAAUUUACUCUACUUCUAGAAAAUUACAGCAAAUAGUUGUUAGUAAAACUGUAUUGAUUAAUUUAACAUUUAUUAUAUUAGGUUAAGUUAUGACCUAAAGUGGCAGAAAAAAGAGAAAUUCAGUAGAUUGUAAAGGUGUGAUGUUGGUAGGAAUAAUAGUAUACCGUACCGUAAUUAGGUUAAGUCCGUAGUUAGAAAUUGUAAUCAAAUUAAGGUUUUGUUUCAUUAAACUGGUAAACGGUAUAUUCUGUAGAAUGUAUAUAAAGUAGGCAAAAUAGCAAAAGUAAUAAAAAUUAUGCGUAAGAAAAGUUAAGGAAUAAGUUCAAGAUUUCACGAAGUGGCACAUAAAGAUUAAAUGAGUAGAUUGAAAAAUAGACAUAAUUGAUAAAGAUUUAUUGCAGUAAUAUUAAUAGAGUUAAAUCGAAAACUUAUCUUUCAUAAUAGGGUAGUUUACUAGAUCAAAAAUAAAUUAUUGUGACAUUUCAAUAUAAUAAAAUCCAAAAUAAUCGUACUUUCAUUCUUUAAUUUGACGAUAUACUUAUUCUUUUAGUUUAUCUAGCUAAUUUUAAAGAAGUAAGUAUGCUAUUUGACGCUAAAAAAUAUGACUUCAUAAGUUGCGAUCUCCUGGGUGAUUUUUCAAAAAACUUUAACUUUUAUUUAACAAAUCAUUAAUCUCCUGCGUUAUUAAGAAUCGCGGUAGCUUAUCAUCCUUAUUUUUAUUGGAUUGGUUGAGAGCGGUGUCACAGCUUAAUUUAUCGAAACGAAAUUCCGUGUUCUAAUCUGCAGAAUUGUUAACAUUUGGUUGAGGAUAAUGACGCCGUUAACAUUUUGUGAUUUUUUUUCGGAAAACCACCUCCUACAAAAUUAAUAGAAAAGUAACGUUUUUGACAUUUCGAUAAAAGUAUUGAAUUUGACUAGUAGUGAACUACCGUAUUAUUGUUGAGUUUUAGUGUUAACAAAUUAGAUGUAGGUAUCGUAUGGAGAUAACUAACUAUGAAUAAUGUAUAUUUGUACGUGGAUAUAAACAAGUGAAAAAGUAGAUUUGUUGCAAAGUAGGAGUAGGUCAAGCAUAUUAAACUAUAAUUAUAACUGUUGAUUAACAACACGUUACAUUUUUGUACAUAUUGAAGAAAUAACAUUAUUUUCAAGCUAAUCAUUACUAGUGAAUUGAGCGAUCGCGUUGUUUGAUUAAAAAUUUUUUUGCAAUAGCCAUCUUACUUUUUCUAAGCUAUAAUAGAAACAAACAACUUAUAUAAUUUAAACACACUAUAUAACUUAUAUCUUUUAAAUAGGCAUACAACAUUCUUGGAUUAUUAUAAAGCAGAAGUGUAUUUUUGGGUUGAACUAUAAUAUUUUACGGUUAGCUUCAUUUAUUUAUUUAUAGCUUCAAUAUUCAAAUAGGUCGGUAAUUGGGUCUCGCCUACUCGACUACUAAGUGUUCGUUGCAUACCUUGUUUUCAUUUAUACUAAUAAACUAUUGUGUACAUGUACGUUUAUGUUUAUAUUUUACGUUUGUCGGAUCCAAAUUACAAUUACAAAUCCCUUACGUAGUUUUCUUAUUUCUUCUUCUUUCAAAUAGAAAUAUAAUCUUUUACCUUUUAAAAAAUAAGUUUCAAAGGUGCCGUGACCAUUGAGCCACAAUGACUUUUAUUAGUGUACAAUGUACAUAGGAAUAUCUUACUAAUACGUAUUCAUAUUACACAUUUUAUUCUUUAUGGAUUGUUGUAAAAAGAUUACUAAUCGAACUCUUGCCGGUUAAGUGUCUUAGGUUUAAUGGGAUUUAUUCGACGGCGAUUUUUUUCUUGUAGAUAAUGGGAUUUUUCAUAAUCAUAUACUACUUAGAUGUUUACAUAGGCUACGUCCGCAAAGGCAAUUAGCUUGCUUAGUGCAUUUUUAAGUCACCUAGGGCAGAUGUCAGAUGCGCAGUAUGACGAAUGUUCGGCGCUUGGCGCCUAGUCAUUCACGUGCGAGACAACAUAGAAAAAAUGCAUAAAAUAUCAAUAAUGCACGGCUGGCGUUUGGUUUCGCACACAUUAAUUAAGUAUUGCAAAUAGCCGUUUAUCAACACAUAUAGGUACUUUUUCUAAAAUCGAAUGUCGAAAUGACUUUACUGGUAAGUUAAUCAAAUGCUUCUCUGUUCAUACGUAAAUAUUCGUAAAAUUUAUCGUCAAAAUUACAAUAAAAUUAUUUAGAAAGAACAUUAAACUGCUUUUGAUUAUGACUUGUAAACAUCAUGAACCCAACGUAAUGCAUGAGACCGAGGACGUGUACUCGUAUAUUUUAAUUUUGAUUUUUCUGUAAGUAACAGUUUUAGAGCUAUUUUUGAAAGUGGCAUCACGUCGACGUGCUAUCAAACAAGUAAAUAACCAAGGCACCUGUCGACCCAUCACGUUUACACUUUUCAGUGCAGCCACCGGGUAUCCUAGUAUCCUGUGACUUACUAGGCUCUAAGCGCUAAGCAUGUAUUCUGUCUGUGCGCACGUGACCUUUAUAUAGCUGAAAUUAUAGUAUUCUUGUAGAUUUAACUAUUAGUACAUUUAUUAUUCAUAAACUUCCCUGAAAAUUCGUGAGCAUUUUUAUAAUAAUCUUAAUGUUAUAAUUAAUAAGAAAUCGAUAUUAUAUGGUCGAAUCUGUAAUGUUCUGUGUCUAUAUCCAAUAAAAAUUGUAAACACCAUUAUUUAAUAUAAUGUUUCAAAAUAUUAAGUAACGAAUAUUACUUAUUGGCCUGAUAGCAUUCCGGUCUAUAUUACUUAUUAUUUGUCGAUUUAUUAGUGGCAUAACGCAUACACGUAGGCUUAAACGUAUCAUUGAAGAAAUCCGUAUAUUUCACCGAUAAUUAUAUAAGAUUACUCGUCGCAAGGUUGCAGCAAGUGUUAGGUAAUGAACGUAUUGAUAAUAGUAGUAUUCCUGGCAUCUGGUGUUCCUCCUUAAUGUUAAGAAUUAUAGCUAUUAAUAGAUAUUUCAAUUUUUAAUUAAUUCAAUUCGAUAUUAUAGAAAUAUACAAUAAUACGUUUGGAAAUAUUUUUCUCAAUAAUAGAUCUUUAUCACAACUUUAUAGAUUAAGAUUUAUAAACAUUCAGAGCGCCAACUAAAUUUUUAUGGUUUUCUGUAGGACGUAAUUGGGCUGGCUUAGCCCGCGUAGAAUCGCUUCAUUCUGUGAGUGAUGUGUUCCGGAGGCCCAAACUCUUCCUUUAUUUUCCUUUUUCUCUAUUCUUAAAGGAUUGAACCCAUUGCCUUUCCUCUUUCUUUUUUGGGAAAAACAUCACCGAAAUUAAGCUGAUGUGGUUGGCAUUACCUCUGUUAAAUAAAUAAUUUUCUGUCCAUUUGAUAUUAAGAGUGUAGAAUUGGGAAGAACUAGGUCCAUAGUUUUGAUGUGAUUCUAAUUUCAUAACGGUUUUCAGCUGCACGGGGCACUGUGGGUCUUGUAGUUGUAUAUCAAUAACCUACCACAUUAUAAUAUUACUGUAUUUUCGUAUAUAUUUUGACUGCGCCAAUUUUUUAAGUACUUUUGUAUGUUUAAUCAGCACCUGUAGUAAAUAAAUACACUUAUAGCAAAAAAUACAUUUUAAUAUUUUUAAUCCAUAACAAAUUCUAACCAAUUCCAAAUAAAAGUCGUGUUCUUCUAAAUAUUUUGUAGUUGUUUUUGAACGUUUAACACAAAGCGCCUUGAGUGUCUUUUAAAAUUUUUAACAUAAGUAAUAGUUUUAUAGGAUAAUAAUUUUCAACUCUACUUGUAUUGAUAAGAAGAUAAUUCUAUGACCGCCAUAGUACAAACGUGGAUGUGGAACCUCUGUUAAAAUAUUUCUGAUCUUAAAAAAUGUAUAGUAAAUUCGCUAUAAUGACUUUAUCUCUUUAAUGCAGAAGUUUAUUCAAACGUGAUUAUUCGUUAAAAGUAAAUAUUAAUAUCUAGAUAAAAUUACUCCUACUACUACUACUUUAAAACCAUAUUUUUCUUUAAUGCCGAUUUAAAAGUUUGGUAUGAUUACUAGAUUUGUGGUUAUUCAUUAUAACAGUAAAACUUGCUUUGUCGUUUCGACGAUCUUUGGUUUUGUUAAUAUGUUGUAUGGCCACAAACAAAUAAUAUUUUCCGCUUUGUUUGAAAUCGAUUGUAAGCUGUGAUAGGUACAUUCUCGUCGGAUUAGGAAAAUCCUCCUUUUUGAUGUCAGUUUAAUAAUUUAGUUACUAAAUAUACUUUGUAGGUCGGCUAUAUAUAAAUUAUAUUUGUCUUCUUGAUGUAUUUUGCAUACUUGUUGAUUACAUUUUUAGGUAAAUACUUAAUAAUUAAAAAAUAACAAUAUAAAAAGUAGCCUACUAGUAACAAGAGAAUUUUCAUUAUAUUGUUCAAAGUCAAAGUCUAAAAUUAUUUAUUUCAAAUAGACCGGGAAGGCACUUUUGAACGUCAAAGCAAUGUUGUGUUAUGAUUUUAUUCAUCACAUUACAUCGAUUUCAUUGGUAUUAUAACAAUUAUUCAGGUACUUGGUCUUUUACAUUAUCGACUGUCAUUCACAUCUUAAAACGAUACUGAUCUUAGUUGCAAGUUGUUGUUGUAUAGAGACAGUAGAAUAUUAUAACAUGUACAUAUAUUGUUCAAUUCCAAGAAAGUAAAACUCCAUAUAUAUAUAUAUAUGUUACGGUAAAUCUGAUUAAUUGAAAAUUAUUAAUAAUUUACAAAAUUAUUAAUAUUAACCACAUGUUUUGGUAAAUGUAAAUAAUCGAUCGAAAUUUAUUACUUUUUGUAGUGAUUAUUAAUAAUUCACGACACAUAUUGGUGAAAGUAAUAAAAUAAAUAUAAACCCAAUGUUUUUUGACCGGCAUGUAUUUAUUUAUAAUAAUUAAACACAGUCUUACGAUUUUAUUAAUAAUAAAUCACACAAACAAGGUUACUUGUAACUUGCACAUUUAUCUGGGCUCGCUGUCAUUGCAGCGGUAAGUCCCCUGUUUGAGGAGUAGCUAGAGAGGCACCACGGCGUCCUCACCUACCGCCUGUCAUUAAUGCGAGGACCGCCCGGAGGACACGGUGGAGCAUACGGUAGCGGUGUGCCCUGCAUGGGCUGAAAAUCACCGUGUCCUAAGGGAUGUGUUCGGGUACGGCGACCUCUCGCGCCCGGCAUUGGUUCAGGCCAUGGUAUGAAGCGAGGGGAACUGAGAUGCCGUCUUCUCAUUUUGCGAAGCAGUCAUGCUAGCUAAGGAGGAGGCGGGGCGCGUGAGAGAACGAUCCUCCCCAAAAAGGGCACCUUUAUCACAAAAUUAACAAUAAAAUUAUUUUUAAAAUCAAAUCUACCAUCAAAUUAAUGCCAGAAAGUCUUUCGUGGUACAUAAAAUUGUAACAAAAAUAAAAUUAAACAAUUAUUGUUUCAUUAACAAAAUCACUUUUACCUCGAGUUUCGGUAAUUAUUAAUAAUAGUAGAUAAUUAUUAAUAAUUUUCAAUUAUUCACUCUUACCGUAAUAACAUAUAUAAAGUAGAAUCGGCUGUAGUUUAUAGUUAUCUAUAAAUAUAAGCAUAAGUCUAUGUUACUAGGAGGUGGAAUAAUUAUAUUUUUCUAUUGUAAUUUAAUCUUAGGUUAAGUGAAUAAAGCAAUUGGCCCAAUAUUUUCGAUUAAUGUGUAGUUGCAAAAUGAUAGCAGCGCGCUGCAUAUUCUUUUUAGUUAUGUAAAAUAGAAUUUUUAGAAUAAAGCUAUUUAUUUUUAUAUCUCCUAACCUUAAUACAUAACGAUUUGAUGUAGAUUUCCGUUACAUAUGAAGGACAUCUUAUUUGCACGUGCUCAAUCAGCAAUUCGAAAUUAUAAAAUAAAAUUAUCUUUUAUUGUUUUAAUAUAAUGUAUAUAUUUGCCUACCCCUUCUGGGAUAAAUGGUGUGACGUUACGUGUAUUUAUUUGCUCACUAUUCAGGUUCUGCAAAAAAAAAACGUUUUCGUGGUUCAUAUUAUGAUAAUAGAUGUAUAAGCAAUGGUCAUAUUGUCCUAGGGUUAAUAACGAAAACUCAACAGCGCCCUUCAAAUACUACUUCCAUCUAAUUAAAUAGCUGGUCAAAAGAUUAGGUUCGAUGUCGUUUUAUUUCCUGCAUAUGCGAAUGGUAACUUACGGAACUUUGUUGUAUCACAUGGCAUAAAGUCGAACUUGCCAUUAGGACUAUUAAGUGAUUGCUAUAAUAUAUGAAAAUCUUGCAACAGGUUCUGGCGAGUCAUACCCUUUAUAUAAAUCUAAUAUUAAGAUUAAGAUCACUUACCUUAAAAUACUAGAUUAGUUGAUUAAAAUAGUAAUAAAGUAGUAAUAAAAAUAUAUAAAUAACAGUAGUAGGUUUUAAAAUUAUACCCUAUAGAUAAUCACUUUUAAAUUCACUAAAGGCAGUCGAAACAGUUUAAACUUAGCAUUAAAGAUCUUUGAAUAAGAAAAAAUAGCGUACAUUCGGUACAUAAUUAUUGUGCAUCGUUAAUAACGACCAGGACUAGAAGUGUGUAUGUGGUAGUAAUAUAUAUAAGAUUUUAGAUAUUUACUGAUUAUUAUUAUUCAAAAUAGCCUGUCUGUAAUUAGACUUAAUUUGUACAUUGAAAUGGAACCAGUCCAUGUACUUAAUAAACAAGAUACCUGCCCAUGUUUUAAUGUAAUAGUCACCCCAUUAAUAAAUACCACACAAUAAACCGAAAUCAGUCACUAAUCGGCUAUAUACCAGAUCAAUAUUAUGGAGUGCAUAAUACUUAUUAUUUAUUCGUAGCUUCCUCAUUUUAUAGUAAAUCUAAUUUAAUAAAUUACUUAUAGUGGUCUAGCUCCAUUUCAAUAUAUGCUUCAGUAGUUUAACGUAUAUAAAAUCUAGAAAUAUAAACACGAUCCGUUGCAUAUAUUCUUUACCUAUUAAAAAAAAUGUAUAUUAUGGAAAUUAUAGGGUUAUCGUAUGUAGUUUAGUCUUUAUUGUAUGCUUAUUCAGAAAUAAAUGUGUCAAGUUAUCAAGCAUAUAAUUAAAUCAUAUUUGUCUUACGGUAGAUUUAAACGUGUUUUAUCUAAUAUGUAAUCAAAAGUGUAUUUUUAUCUAAUCAUUAUACUAAAUACUAGAUUGGCGAAAUUGAGCUACAUAGUUGCAUAAUGGCAAAUGUGUAUUUUUUCAUACUUGAAAGUCCUUUUAUUAAAUAUUAAAAUAGUAGUAAGUAUAUGUAUUCCCACUAUGUAAUAUUGGUGUGGAAUGUUUAUAACCUGUGUGUUAACCAAAUGGAAAAUAAGUUAGUUUCGUGAAGAUAAGUUGUAGACUACUACUACUAAUUAAAUAAUUGCAGAAUAAUAUUCACGUACAUAAGUAUCAGACUUUCUGAGUGUAUCUUAAUAAAAACUGUAGUGAAUUGUAGUUUGUGUUGUAUUAGUAUAAGAUGUAUUUUGAUUACGGUAAUUCCUGGGGUCGACCGCAAUACGAAUAACCGCGGUCAUGGAAUUUCAAGGAAGGUACACGCACUGCUGGUUUUAUUCUGCAUCUAUCAUGAAAAUCUAAAGUAUGUUUUGAGGAUAUACAACCAUCCAAAAGUUUGGAAGCAUUAAUAUUUUUGAACAAUACAAAAUUAUUCUUACUAAAUCAAUGUAUACUUUGGAAUCGACUACUCGUGUGUGUAAUGCAAUUUUCGAAAAUCGUAGAGACCUCCAAUAUAUUAAAAGUAAUUCGUUCAUUCAUCAUUCUAUAAACAUAUUUGAAAUUAUUCACACUUCUGUAAUAAGUAAUCACUGUAGUUGUUGUAUUAUGCGAAAAAUUUGUAGGCCCUUUAUAUAUUUAUUAGGGCCUAGUUUAACCAUUGUUAAUUUUUGUAACAAUUAAUUAUAUUAUAUGAGCGGUACCGAUAAACCUUAUAGACCUUACGAAAUAAAAGUCUACUGCGUAGUUGUUCAUAUUUCUACUUCACAUUCCUAAAACCGUCACUAACUAAUAUCUCUAUCUGUAUAGACGAUGGUUUAAAAUUUCAGUAAAAUAAUAUUUAUUUAUUCGUGUCAAAUCAUACCUACAUACAAUAAAACUACUCAAAUUCAAUAUUUAGGAUGCACGCCAAGCGACUAGCUAGGCGCUAAGCGCGCAGUGCAGCCGGUCGCGUUCAUUUUAGAACGUUCGUUUUACUGGGCUACUCGCUAGGUGACGCGCUAGACACUAGGCGCUAAGCAAGCCACCUGCCUGUGCGUCCGCGGCCUUAAGCUAAUAUAAUUUGGUAAAUUAUUAAGAUUAAAAAAAUGUUUAAAUGAAUUUAGUAUGUAUGCCUAGUACCUACUUGACUUUGGCAAAAUUACUGUUUGUAUAGACUACUACUUCUAGUUUGGAGAGUUCAUGUAGAUAUGGUUUGACAUGUUUAUUUUUAAGUCUAUCAAUGUAAAUCUAUUGAGGACAAACUUUAUAUCUAUUCUUAUGUCUUGGAAUUGUGUAAUAAACAUGUUUCGGAAAUAAAAUAUCUUUUUGUGUCAA